AUGCAUGGAGCUGACUGGAUCAUUGCGUCCUGAGAGUCAGAGCGGCUGUCACUGCCACCGAUGGUUCAUCUUUAUUGGUUUCGCUGGUGAUUCAAUGUCAUUAGGGAUUCAGGUCUCAUCUCCAUCUCUGAGAUCAUCUGAAUAACGGAGUCAUGGGCAAGAGUGGAGACAAGGCAUCCACGGGCAGCCUGGAUCGGACGCUAUAAAUCUCAGGGGAGAGCCUGGCAUUCUGAGCUUGCAGGUGUGAGGCGGAGCGGAGGCAGCGGAGCUGGCAGUGGUUGCCUUCACCCCAAGUGACCAUGAGAGGUGCCACGCAAGUCUCAGUGAUACUCCUCUUGGUGACCGUGUCCGACUGUGCCGUGAUCACCGGGGCCUGCGAGCGGGAUAUCCAGUGCAGGGCAGGCACCUGCUGUGCGGUCAGCCUGUGGCUGCGUGGGCUGCGGGUGUGCACCCCGCUGGGGCGGGCAGGAGAGGAGUGCCACCCCGGCAGCCACAAGGUCCCCUUCUUCAGAAAACGGCAGCACCACGCCUGCCCCUGCCUGCCCAACCUGCUAUGUUCCCGUGGCCUGGACGGCAGGUACCGUUGCUCCACCAACUUGAAGAACAUCAACUUUUAGGAGUGUGUCUGGUCUCAGGACACCCACUGGGGGUGCCAGGCCUCUUUCUGAGCACAGCCUGUGGUGGUCUCCCUUGGACUUUUAUUUCUGCGGAAAGGCCCAGCCCUGCAUCCCCUCUGCUGUCCCACUUCCUGCACUGCUGACCUACACCCCUGCUCCCCUGCCCACAUAUGUGCACUGACGCAGACACAUGCACGUCACAGGGUUUUACGGUCUGCCCGGCUGGGCUGUGGGGUCCUGGCUGGCGGCUGUGGUCCUGGAGGAAGCCCAUGUGCACUGCUGAGGCCGCCUCAGGGGCGGUGAGUAACAGGGACGUACUCCUUCCUUGUGUCUCCCUGCCCGGCCCUUCCUCCACCACAGGUGAACCGUCCUCCCUGGGCCCUGCCGCUCCCCUCCGGCAUGUGCACUUCUGCCCGCAUCAGUGAGCUCGUGCAAAGUAUGGGGCCCCAAGAGGUCAGUCGGCCUCCACACGGCUGCUGUGGGUUCAGCCUGUGGCCAGCCCGCUGGAUCAGAACUGCAGGCCUCCCAUGCCCCUCCCAGCACGUGUUACCAGUUCCCAGUGAAGCCCCCGAUCCUGCUACCUCCCUGUGAAAUGCAGACAGUGGUGGUUCAUGAGGCCAUGAGUGAGUUCCCUCCAAUAGUCCCCUUCCAAGGGUCAAGAGCAGGUCUAUGUGUGACCUUGAGGAAGCCUCUGGCCUCUGCUCAGCUGGAGGAGAGAUGGGAGCUAGCCGGCAGGCCACUGAUUUGGGGCACAGAGGGGACCGUGACCCAGGACCCUGGCCAGGCUGUGUGUGCCCCACUUCUAUUAUAAAUACGGCAUCUUCUCUAGAGGCUGAGGGUUGCCUGAAGUUCAAAGCAGUUUGUCUGGGUGUCACACCACUGGCCUCCAUCUGGUGUACAAUCCCAGGCCCCCUCAGCCCUCCCAUCUGGACCCUGCCCAAGGCUCGCCCGGGCGUGGUGGUGCCCAUAGCCGUGAGCACUGACUACUGGUUGCAGAAUAAAA